GUGUUUUGUGUCCGCAAGUCCUUCAAGGCUUAAACCCUUACAAGAAAGGCAGCUCUAAAAUACAGAAAUUUGGUGGUUCAAUGGCUGCUAACAAUAUGCCGGCGGGUAUAGAUAAGGAACAGGCCUUUGGAAUGGCAGAAACAGAGAUGGAAUAUAGGGUAGAAUUGUUUAACAGGCUUGCGCAGACAUGUUUCAACAAAUGUGUUGACAAGAGGUACAAGGAAUCUGAGCUUAAUAUGGGUGAAAAUAGCUGCAUUGAUCGUUGUGUUUCCAAAUACUGGCAGGUGAAUGGUAUAAUCGGUCAGAUGCUGAGUGCCGGUGGUAAACCUCCAAUGUGAAAUAUCAGGAUAAUCUUCUCUUAAAUCUGUCCUAACUUUUGAGUUAUGGCCAGGCCUGCUUCUGUGAAAGCUGGACACCAAAGCUACUGUUUGUGUCUAGCAUGUUUGUAUUCAUUUGAUUUUGCUACUUUAUGAAGGUCUAUGACAGUUUUGAUUCAAUGCAGUAUAAUAAAAGAUUCUGUUGCUGGGAAGGCUUUGCCUUCCUUUUGUCUUUUUGAUACAGAAGUGUCCUAUGUUAUCAGUUUCUGCAAUUUGCAGUCAUUUGAAGUGAAAUGUUGUGUUAUGAACUACCAUGGAGAAUGGGAAAUAAAAGAAAGACUAUUUGAUGCUUUGAUCAAUGAAAUUAAAGAUAGCUU